AUGUUUCAGCUCCCGGUGAUAGACCGAAGUUCAAGAAAUAGGAAACGUAGGAAAAUACGAUAUCAAUACAUCAAUUCGUUAAAAAGGAAAUAUGAUCAGCUUAACUAUAAUCAGUCUGAAGCCUCUGUAUCUUCAGAAGCUGAUAAUGUGACUAAUGGCAUCCUUACGCCUGAAAAUAGUGAGAGCAGUGAAGCAGAAGCUGCUGAUCUGGAAAAAAAACACCGAAGAAAACGUAGGCUGCAAAGUGUGUUAGGAAACGCAUUGGAUUCUUCUGAUGAAGAAUUGGACGGGGAUGAAGAUGGAACUGAUGAAAAUGAUCCUGAAACACAAUUCUAUGAGAGUCACAUCAAACCUCAACAUACUUUCGAAGUAUGGAAUGUAAAUACAGCGCUUAGAACCCCGAUUCAAAGAAAAAAGAUUACUUACAAUGCAGUUAAGAAACUUGAAAAGGCUGCUACUAAAUCAGUUACAAAGAAAUUGAAUUAUCAAACCAAAAAACUUAACAUGUACUUUCAAGCUCUUAAAUUUGGCUUUGACGUAUAUCCGAAGCCGCAACUUUCAAAACAAAAAACAAUGCAUUUAGCUCAUUUGAAUCAACUGUUAUAUACAAACGUCUUAAAUCAGAAUUGGGAAAUUGCUUAUCGGUGUUUUUCGAUUCUUAUCAGAUUAGAGGAUGUUGAUGUACGAAGUUUAUGGUCGAUUGGCUCGGAAAUACUAAACUCUCUCGGUGAUACGCAAAGUAACGAAGCUUACUUGGAAUGGUUAGCUCAUGUUUUUCCCUCUAGAGUACAAUUCAACCAAGGAACAAAUUAUAGCCUAGACCCUGUCUUCAGAUGUGGAUCCAGGACCCACACUCCUACCUUCGUUCUAACUUGGCUAUGGACCAGACUGUUCAUUGCAACAUCAGGCUCAUCUGCUGUCGACAAAGAGAAGUUUCUUCAAUCCCUAAUAGAUAGGCUAGAUGAGAUGGUUUUGAGCCCACCAUAUAUGGAUGAUUCAGAAAUAUGGUAUAUCUUUGGUCUCACACAUCUAGUGAUGGCAUCUGAGCUAUCAUCCAAAUUUAGACAAAGUAAGGAUAUAUUACUUGGAUCUCGUGCAGAUAUCGCAAGAAAUCAAGUCAUUCAGCAUAUCAAUAAUGCCAAAAAUUGCCUCCAAAUGUGUAAGGCAAACAGCAAUUAUGAAUUUCCUGAAAAUGUAAUCGAACACCAGUUGGUACAAUUAGAAAGAAGUUUAUAUACUGACGAACUUUCUGUCAAUUGCACAGAUGAAUCUGCCAAAUCUAGCGACGAAGAUGGCAUUGAACACUCAUACCCAAACGAAGACAGUAAUUUACCGGACGUUGGUCCCUUGGAUACUCAGCAAUAUGAAAUUGAAAAUCUAAUACCAGAAGUGGAGUCAGCGGAAUUCACUGUUCCUGCUCCUAUCAGAUUUGGUUAUGAAAGUGACUAA